CUGACUCCAGCUCACCGGCCCCAGCAGGACCCUCCUCCACACCAUGACAAAGGCAGCCGGGCUUGUCUGCGCGUUUCUCCUGCUGGCUUCGUUCUGCUGCCAGAGCCUGGCUCAGAAGGCCCCUGGCGCGCCGGACAAGUGCUGCUUCACGUUCCAGACAAGCAGGAUCAAGAAAGGCAACAUCGUGGGCUGGUACUUCACCAACCCCGAGUGCUCCUACCACGCCGUGGUAUUCAAGACUCGAAUGGGCAAAGAGAUCUGUGCCAACCCUGACAAGCGGUGGGUGAAGAAAUACCAGGGGUUCUUCCUGCCGAAUUCCCUGUCCGUCCCCACCUAGACAAGCCGCGAGGGGAGAAUCCUGGAGACCAGCCCCCAGCUCUGUAACCCCCCUACACAGCUGCAAACGGCUCUUGCUAGCUUGACUUUUACUCCUUCUUUUGUCCUUCCCUGGUGCAGGAUCUGUAACGCCAGGGGAGCUGCUCCCGGCUCUUCGGACUCAGCCCAUCUCAGGGGAGGGCUGUGGACACAGAAAGUGGUGUCUGAUGUGGCUGGCAGCUCUGCUGGGAUGCAGCGUCUCCAGCUGCGUUUAGCAUCCCCCCGAGUGCACCUCCUCCCACAAGGUCCCCAUGGGGGGGGGGUGUCUGUACCACGGCAGGGUCACCUCCUUGGGGGGGCUUUGCAAAGCCGUCUAGGGGAGCAGAUGUUCUGUUCUCAUGGAAAACGGGGUGCCCAGAUCCCUCAGCAGUUUUAAAACUCCCAGCCCUACCCUGCAGGCCCAGAUUGUUCCCUGUGUAGCCUGGUUCGACCAGGCCAUCCUCCUCCCCAUGGCCCCGCAGGAGAGUUCCUUCCAGGGAGCUGGGACAACCUCCCGGUCUCCUCAGUAGCCACCGGCACAGGAAGGGCCCGUCCCCGCAGGACAGUGAUGCAGGCAGGAGUUCAGGAGCCCAAAGACUCAUGUCUGUUAAGGCUGGCACAAGGGGCAAACUCCCCUGAGCUCCCCCAGAGCCAU